CAGCUAACUAAUCUACCGAACUACUUAAGGGUCAAUUGUGAAUAAACUUUCUUUUCUCGCGUUUAGCUGGGCAUAUGUCUAUCGUAUGGUUUGAUAGCAUAAGUCAUCAGCGUAAUCCAUGCAAGAGGCCUAUUGAAAACAAUAAUUUUUGUAACAAAAAACGGAAGAAUUACAGGCAUACACCUAUAUCUAAGAAACCUCAGAUAAUUCAGUCAUCUGGCCCUAACAGUGCUACUCAUAGUCCUUACGUCGUAGCUCCAUCUAUCCAAAAAUUACGUGAGAAUAUUUUGAGUGCCUAUGUAGUUAAAGAAACAGAGAUGAUAGCAUUUUUUCAUUUGCUGGAGGAUACCACAAUUAAAAAGUUUCUUGCAUUCGACAUGUGCUUCAAAUAUGCGGACAAUUUUGGGAUUGCGUAUGUGUUCGCCUAUUUUAAAAGAUGUAAUCUUUCAAUUCAAGAAUAUAAUCGAAUGAACUUUUUUUGCUGUCUGUAUCUUGUGCAUGAUAUAGAAGAAGAUGAUGGGGAUCACAAAUAUGAAAUUCUUCCAUGGGCUCUUGGUUCAUUUUGGCAACAGAAAAUGUCGAGCUUUUCUCGACAGAAAGAGGCUUUAUGGGCUAGAAUGGAUUAUCGAGCUGUGGUUAGCUAUAGAUGCUGCAAAGAACUAAUGAGUAUUUUUCCAUCACAUCCUGUAUGGGGCCGAAACAGACUUCCACAUCAUGGAGGAGCUAUUCGAGCUUAUCUAAAGCCCACUGACUCGAAUAUUCCGCAGGGUCCGAAGUCUAUUCCAAGACUAUGUGAUGCCUGUAAACUGUUCUAUGCAAGAGACACUGUUCCUAAAUGUUUAAUUGCAAGUGAAAACUUCCUUACCCCAGAAAAUUCCCCAAACCUAAAUGACUCAGCUUUCCAUAGUCUAUUUGAAGGUAAAAACUACAAAUUUGCUAAAAUCAGCAAAAUUAAAGACGAUUCGUUCAGCAGCUUUAGAAACGAGAAUGGAUCAAACAUGAGUACUGAGUUUCAAUCAUUUAAUUCAUGCUGUAAUGAAAGUUGGCUUUCUCAAGAAACGUACUGUUAUGAGAGAACCAUUUCUGGUAUUGAAAACGAAUAUUGUAUUAUAGAUGAAGAAUAAAAGAAAGAAAACUGAUGAAACACAUAAUUCGCAGUCUUAAAAACUUAUAGUCACGCUGUAAAUAAUUUUUGUACGUCAUAUACUGUAACAUGUUAAGUAAAUAAUUCGCAAAUUUUAGAAUUAAAAGUUUUACACAAGCA